AUGAGUGCCGCAAAGCUGUUCCUGCUCGCUGGCUUGCUUGCCACUGGCUCGUAUGCCUCGCCCGUCCAAGCCAGAACUCCUUAUGCUGUCAAGGACUCGCAUUUCGUUCCCUCCAAGUGGAGACAGGUUGCUCCUGCUCCUUCGACUCACAACAUUGAUCUCCGUAUUGCUAUCAAGCAGAACUCAUUCGAUGACUUGGAGAGACAUUUGUACGAGGUUUCUGAUCCCGACCACUCGCGUUACGGUCAACACCUGAGCGAACUUGAUGUCAAGAAGCUCGUGCAGCCUGCAGACCACUCAUUGGCUCUUGUUCACGAGUGGCUGGCCGACAACGGUAUCGAGACUGGUGACCUUUCUUACAGCGCCGCAAAGGAUUGGAUCAAGGUCUCGCUGCCUGUUGGCCGCAUUGAGAGCCUCCUCGACACAAAGUACAGCGUCUACCGCCACGAAGAUGGCUCCGAGACUGUCCGCACAUCCGAGUGGUCUCUUCCCGUCCACCUUCACGAGCACAUCGACACCAUUCAACCCACAAACUCGUUUUUCCGUAGCACACCAAAGGCUGUGACUCUCGAGGUCAACAAAUUCGGUGGUUCCUACUCCAAGGACGUCACGUACCAUCAAGAUCCUAACGUCACAGCGAUUUGCACACCAAGAGGUGUCACACCGCUGUGCAUGAGAACCUUGUACGAGACUAUCGACUACAUUCCCCAGUCUGCUGGUAAGAACAAGAUGGCUCUUGCCAACUAUCUCGGAGAGACCAACAACCGUUCCGACACUUCGCUCUUCCUCCAAAAGUUCCGCCCUGAGGCCGCCGCAGCAGCCUACAGCUUCAAGUUCGAUGUCAUCAACAACGGUAGCACAUCGCAGGCCGUUGUACAGUCCAGGAUCGACAUAGAAGGUGAUCUCGAUGUUGAGACCAUGUUGGGAGUGGGCUGGCCUACCCCUUUGACUGCCUACGCUGUCGGUGGCUCUCCUCCGUUCAUUCCUUCCAACGGUACCACUACCAACACCAACGAGCCUUACCUCGACUGGCUCCAGCACGUUCUCGCACAGUCAGAUGACGUCCUGCCUCAAGUCGUUUCUACCUCCUACGACGACGAAGAGCAGACUGUUCCUCCAUCCUACGCCAAGCGUGUCUGUGAAGACCUCGCUCAACUUGGUGCUCGUGGUGUUUCUGUCUUUUACGCUUCAGGUGAUAGCGGUGUCGGUACUUCUGGUGACUGCAUUACCAACAACGGCAGCGGUGCCAAGCGCUUCACUCCCGAGUUCCCUUCGACAUGCCCUUACGUAACUUCCGUAGGCGCAACCAUGGACUUUAACCCUGAAGUUGUCGCUUACCACUCAUCUGGAUUCGCAUCUGGCGGUGGUUUCUCUGACCUGUUCCCUCGUCCUGCAUAUCAGGACAAGGCCGUCAAGGCUUACCUCAAGACCCUCGGUAACAGAGACGCAGCAUACUUCAAUGCCAGCGGAAGAGCCUACCCCGAUAUUGCUGCUCAAGGAAGCUAUUUCUCUACCGUCUGGAACGGCACCGAUACCCUGGUUUCCGGCACCUCCGCCUCGACUCCUCUGAUCGCCGCCAUCAUCGCUCUCGUCAACGAUGCACUCAUCGCUGGUGGAAAGCCCACUCUUGGUUUCCUUAACCCUUGGUUGUACAAGAAGGGUUACCGCGCUUUCACCGACAUCACCAGUGGUUCUGCUGCCGGAUGUUCUGAGAUUGGUGAUGGCAAAGGCUUCCCCGCUGUCGAGGGCUGGGAUCCAGUCACUGGAUUCGGUACUCCUAAGUUCAGAGACCUUAUCCACCUCCUCGGAGUUCACGGCACAUGGAAUCAUACAGGAGGCUUCAGCUAG